AUGAGCUUCAAGCACUCUCCUGAUUCAAUAGUCGAUGAUGGGCAUCUCAUCGCCAACAUCGAACAAAGGGAAGAAGCAGGAAACGCAGAAGAAUUCAUCUCACUCGUGAUGGCCUCUGGCGCUGGAUCUACACUUGCUCAUAGAAGCGUGGCUAGUAUCCGUGGAGGUCCUCCUCAGGGGCCAAGUCCAACGACUCCACAUACCCCGAAUCGCUCGUCUGUUAUUUCAUCAUACGGCUCACCAUCGACUAUUCGUGCUGAUGACGAGUUCAUCGUUGUUGAGUUGGGCUCACGCCAUAUCAGAGUGGGAUUUGCGGGCGACACAUCUCCCAGGGUGGUUCUUCAAUGCAGCCCUGAAGAUCAAAGGCGGGCUGGAGACUUUAGAGGCUGGCAGCAGCCGAAACGGUCACCUGGCUUGCAAUGGUCAAAGGAACAUGAGUUUUGGCGAUAUGAUCUAAGAGAUAUAGAGCUUGGACUAUAUCAGGAUAAGCUGGAGCGUGUGCUACAUGAUGCUUUCUCAAAGUUUGUCUAUCUUAAAUAUCACAAGGGACAGUUGCUUACAUGCAUACAGAUACUUGCUCAUCGAUUCCAGACCACGAAGACUUGGGCUGGUCUUAGACUCUGGGGUACCUUUACCACUGUUGACAGCCACCUUGGAUACACUGUUCAGCAGAUUUCAGUCACCAACUAUCUCUCUCAUGUCAACACCGUCCAUGUCGGCCAUCUCAGCAGCGUCUAUGAAUACCGGGAAGUCAAGACAACACGCACAGUCCGAGGUGGCAGAGCGCUUUUAGACACACUUUACAAAACCAUCGAGCCAUUAAUACCAGGAGAACAUGAUGUCACCAAACAAAGAGCACUAGGCUUUGAGGAAUGCGAAGACAUCAUGUGUCGUUUGAUGUGGUGCAAGCCAUCAGAAUUUCGAUCAUCUCAAAGGCAGUCGACUCAGCUGGAAACAGUUGAUGAACAAGAAGAAAUCGAGGCUGAGUCUGCGCAAGCUGGCGUUCCAACAGGGGUCGCCCAAAUACCCAUCAACACAAGUCGUCGUCCAGUGACAGUGGAGCUUCCCUUUGAGAAACUCGCCGAGGUCUGCGACGAUACCUUCUUCGACCCUUCAGCAGACCGAGCGACAUUUGACGACGAUGAAUUACCGCUGCACCUGCUAUUGUAUAGACAUCUUUUACAACUACCACUGGAUGUACGAGCAAUCUGCAUGUCACGCAUAAUGUUCACGGGAGGAUGUUCCAAUAUCUUGGGCAUCAAGCAACGAAUUAUCGACGAUCUCACAGCCAUCGUCAACAAGAGGGGAUGGGAGCCAGUGUUCGGAAAGGUUGUGGACAAGCAUCGCAAUAGUGCUAGGAUCCAUCAGCAGUCCAGCACCACUUCUCCUACAGAAGGCUCGCCAUCCUCAUCACCAGGUGAAGCCGAACAACGCAAAUCUCCCAAGAACGCAGCCGAUUCAAAGCCAGAGCACGACCCGAUAGAAGCCAAGGUUGUACGACAGCGGGCUACGGUUCCACAAUUCAAGGGCCAGAUCCGAGUGAUCCAUACUCUUGGUCCAUGGAUUGGAGGUAGCUUACUCUGUCAGUUGAAGAUUCCUGCCAUGGCGAUUAUUGAUCGCGAGUCGUGGCUUCUACAAGGCGCCAAUGGAGCUUCUCGACCUAGCGAAGUGGACUUCAAGGCACAACACAGACAGAGCGUGCAAGCAGGAGGUUACGCUCGGGGAGGCGGAGGACAUCACGGGAACUGGACUCUAGGUGUAUGGGGUUACCUGUAG